CCAAAGUAGUUCAAGUAGCAACAAAUUAGCCUUGCAGUGAGCAUGCGCAGUACGCGCGUGUUCUUAUCUCGAGCUCCGCCGCGCCAGUCCUCGCGGACGAGUGAUAGCGGCUACGUGAACGCAGCCGCUGCGCGGGAAAGCGCGCUGUCAAAACUUUUACGCGCCACUUUACAAAGACAUUUUCAUAACCUCAAAAAUGAAACGCGAAAUGAAUCUGUGAAUUUUAUGUGAGCUUAGGUAUUAAUAAGUUUGUCAAUUAGUAUCAAAUUAUGGCUGAAGUGGACUGGGAUUUUAAAUAAUGGAUCGAGUGCCAAGUGUGGAUUAGUAAGAUGGAAUACUGAUGUGUUUGCUGACAGGACGCCAAUUUUUAUAGGCAGGAUGAAAGCCCCCGUGUUGCCAUGGCUGUUGGCAACCCUACUGCUAGCGGAGGGCAGCAGCCCCGACAAGAGGCCUCAGUUCACGACGGAGCCCCCAGCGCGGCUGCUCUGGCCCGCCACUAGGGGUGCCACUGCAGUGUGCCGCGCCUCCGGACAUCCCACCCCCGAGGUGCACUGGGUCACCACUGAGGGACAGGUCUUGACCACUAUACCGGGGCUACGGCACAUCCUGAGCGACGGUCGGCUGGUGCUGGGCGCGCGCAAGUCUCUGCUGGACGCGGGCGGCGCGAUGCUGCGGUGCCGCGCGUCCAACCGCGCCGGCGUCGCGCUGUCCCGCCCCGUGCUGCUGCAGCCAGUGGAAGACACCAUCCUGAGCCACACCAUCCGUCAGCUGACCCCGGCGAAGGUCGGCGGGCAGGUGGUGCUGCGCUGCGAGGUGUCGCUACAAGCUGGCCUGGUGGAGGUCACGUGGCUGCAAGACGGACUGCCCUUGCCUUCAGGAUACCUGGGCGCUGAUGCGCGGUGGAUCUCCAGCGCCGGCGGGCUGCUGCUCGGCACAGACCUCACGCAAGCGGACGUGCAGGCCGAGUACUCGUGCUUGGCGCUCCACACGUCCAGCCAGCCGCUGAGACUUGCUACUGAUGACAGCAGUUGGCUAGAAAACAUAGAAGUGAACUCCAUAGAAUCUCAAGCUGGAGACACCGUGGUGCUUCCCUGUAUCAUCCGCCACAUGACUGGACACACUGUUACAUGGCAGAAGCAAGAGCCGACUGGCACCUGGGCACCCUCAGCCGGCGAGGGGCUCACGCGCGGCGGGGCGCUAGUCCUGCCGAAUGUCAGACCUCACCACGCGUCCCGCUACGCGUGUUCCACCGGCGCCGACGCCAGCCCUAGAGUCAUCAUCAGGCUGGUGGUCUAUGAGCCGCUGACGGUGGUCGUGACGCCUAAUCCUUUGAUGAUAAGCACGGGUGGUACCGGCUUCUUCAACUGCACAGUCCGCGGCGGCCGCGGUGGUGGCGCCACACUGACCUGGCAGCACGAGGGCAGGCCGCUGCACGCGCCGCACCCUCACUCCAAACUGAUGCUCGGACCGGUCCGGUCGCACCAUGCCGGCUUGUACCAGUGCACUGCUCACGAUCACUCUGAUACUACUGUGUCGGGCGCCGAGUUGGUUAUUGCAGACAGGCCACCCCGCCUAGUGUCGACGUUCAGUGAAGCAAUAACCAGGAUAGGUCAGAACGUGGCCCUGCGCUGCGCCGCGGCCGGGCUGCCGUCGCCCCGGAUACUGUGGACCCUGGACGAGCGGCCCCUGCCUGCCGCUCCUGAGAAGUACAGUGUGAGUACGCGGGCGGAGAGCCUGCCCGGCGGCGAGGAGGGGGCGAUCGUGUCCACGCUGAGCGUCACCAUCAGAAGUGCGGACGAAGGGGGCAGAUACGGCUGCAACGCAACCAACUCUAAAGGGUCUCAUGCUCACUACGCUAGGAUUAAUGUUUUUGGCCCCCCAAACAUAAGAUAUCUACCCGCAAUACACGUGAAAGCGGAUACAGACGUUGUGCUUCAUUGUCCAUAUUCGGGAUACCCGAUCAAAGAAGUAACCUGGAAGAAGGAAGACGGCUCUCCAGUGGACAUGACGCUGGAGCCGGGCGACGACCGCGGGGUGCUGCGUCUGUCGUCAGUGCGGAGCGCCGUGGCCGGGGCCUACACGUGUGAAGUGAGGGCCGAGAGCGGCGAGCUGGCUAGGCGACAAGUGCGGAUUGAAGUGCAUAAGCCUCCAAAAAUUGCACCUUUCCUCUUUCCCGAAGAAAUUGAAGUGGGAGGGAGUACGCAAGCUACUUGCACAUUGGUUGCUGGAGACAAACCGAUACAGUUUACAUGGCUGAAAGAUAAUCUACCUAUCUCUCCAUUACUAAAGACUGAGCAAAAAAACAUGGAUUUCUUUUCAUUAUUGAUCAUACAAGAGCUGACCUCUGGUCACAGCGGUGACUACACUUGUCGUGCCACCAACGACUUUGGCAGUGUCAGCCACACUGCCGUUCUAUCUGUGAAAGAGCCGCCGGCGUGGGUGUCGCGUGCUCAGAACACUUCCGUGUCGGCCGGCGCCGCGCUGCUGCUGCCCUGCGCCGCCAGGGGACAGCCCAGCCCGAGGAUCUCUUGGGAAUACUCACAGGAUGGCGAGAACUGGCGCCACGUCCUCUGGAGCCAAUCCGAGAGUGCGGACGCGAGCGGGGGCUCCAUACUGGUGGACGGAACCAUCUGGCUGCGGACCACGGCGCCGGAGCACGAGGGCUGGUACCGGUGCACGGCGCGAGCCCAGCACGCCUUCCUGCAUCAUGUGUUCUUCUUGGAUGUGAGGGAGCCUCCGAAGCUAUCCCGACACGGCGGCGGCGGCGAGACAAGAUGGGUCGUUAGAGGAACCACCGCGAGAUUGGCCUGCAACGCCAGGGGAGAGCCAGAAAUCAAUUUGCAUUGGACUCACGACUCCCGGCCGCUCGCCUUGCAUGGGUCAGGCGGCGUGGAGACGCGUGAUGCGGGCGCGGGCUCCCUACUGACGGAGCUCACCAUCGCGCACGUCGGGCCUGAACACGCCGGCGAGUAUGCCUGCCACGCGAGGAACCUCUACGGCAGUGAUCAGCUCACCUUCCGGCUGUUUGUGAAGGAACGUCCAAGCACGCCGGAAGAGAUGCGCGUAUCAGAAGUGUGGUCGCGGCGCGCGCGCGUGACGUGGCGCGUGGCGCGCGGCGCGCUCGUGUCGCACUACUCCGUGCAAUACCGGGCACUGUCGCGCGACCCGUCGCCCGCGCCGCUCGAAGCCCCGCUCCCCGCUCUGUUAGACUCGUGGACUGGGCCUGAUGUGCUCAAUCUGACGCUGGCUAGUUUGGAUUUGCUGCAUGUUGCGUCGGAAGGCCCAAGUCGCGCGGGCGCGCUACUAGCAGGCCUGGCACCCGACACGCGCUACGCGCUGCGCCUCGCCGCCUACAACGACGUGGGCGCGUCGCCUUACACCGCGCCGCUGCACUUCACUACUCGCGAGGAAGCUCCCGGCGGGUCACCUCGCGACAUCACAGUUCGGGCGCUCAAAGCAAGAGAACUACACAUCACUUGGCAGCCACCGCUAAGAGAAACAUGGCACGGCACUCUCCUAGGCUACACAAUCAAAUGGUGGGAGGUGUCAGAGGAAGGCAAGUCGAUGUCCAGCGAAGGGCCGGGCACGGAGAGUGGAGCUAGCGCCGAGGCCACAGGGACCACCCUGAGGGGCUUGAAGCCAGCCACGCGGUACGGGGUCACGGUUAGGGCGUAUAAUGCAGCCGGUAGUGGACCCCCGUCGCCCCCGCAUUAUAGACAUACCUUGGAGUCACCGCCGACGGCUGGGCCGGAAAGAUUGUCGUGUGUAUCGGGGGGUUCAACAUCGCUGCGUGUUUCGUGGAGGUUGCCGGCUGUAGAGCACAGAGGGGGGGUCAUCACACACUACACCUUGCAGUACACGAGACGAGAUGCUGACCCGCUGCUGCCGCCGCAAGACGCUCAUUUGCGUGUUCAGGGGGAAGAAGCGACAGUGUCUCGGCUGACGGCGUACGCGGAAUACGAGAUAAGGGUGCGCGCACACAACGCGGCGGGCGACGGGCCGCUGAGCGCGCCGCAAGUGUGCCGGACCGAUGAGGAUGUGCCGAGUGCCCCUGGAGGCAUGAAGCUGGUGGCGCUGACAGAGCGGUCUCUGCGCGCCUCGUGGCUGCCCCCGCCCGAGCCCAACGGCAGGCUUACGCACUACACGCUCUAUGUCAAGGAUCUGUCGGGAUCACAAGAGCCCAACGUGUCUCGAGUGAGCUCGUGCGUCGACCCUGAAACCUCGGGCGGUGCCACAGAGUGCCUCAAGGCGCUGCGGGGGCUGCGGCCGGGACGGACCUACGAGGCGUGGGUCCGGGCCGCUACUGCUGCUGGUGAGGGGCCGCCGUCGUCAGCUGUGGCGUGUCAGACUAAUGCUUUGGCACCAGCAAGAAUAUCGUCUUUCGGAGGCAUAGCCAUGGGUGCAGCCGGGGGCUCCAUAUCUUUAAGAUGCGUGGUCGGUGGGACGCCCCCUCCGGCUAAACGGUGGCUGAGAGGUGGGAGCCCUCUGCAUUUGCGACCUCCGUUCCACAUUGAUGGCGACGCCUUGCUUAUUCGCAGUCUAGAACUCUCACACGCCGACAACUACACCUGCGUGGCCGAGAACCCGCACGGCUCAGACUCCGUCACGUGGAAGGUCAUUGUCCUGCGGCCGCCAGUCCCACCGACCCUGGCGCUGGUGGAGGCCCGGGCUAGGGAACUGGAGUUAGAGCUACGGCCGGCGGCUAGAGCGCCCGGACAUGCGCUGGCUAAAGCGUAUACGCUGCAUUGGAGAUUGGCUGCGCCUGAGGGAGAAUGGCGCGUCCAAGCCGCGAACCCCGGUCCCAUAGGGCUGACGGGGCUGCGCUGCGGCUCGGCCUACCGCGCCUACGCGGCCGCCGGGGGCCCGCCCGGGCCCGAGCUGAGUGUGCGGACCACCGGGGGGCCGCCCGUCGCGCCCGCUGAUGCCAGAUGGAUCCACGCGAACGCGACGCACGCGCGGUUCGACACGGGCGUGUGGGCCGACGGGGGAUGCGGGCCGGUGGCGCUGCGCCUCGAGUGGGCCGGCUCGGGCGCAGCCGGCGCCAGAGACGUGCCUAUUGGGGGAGAAGUCAUACUAGGAGGUCUAACCCCGGGUUGCCGCUACCGCGUGGCUGCCCGCGCGUCCAAUGAAGCCAGUUGGACUCGCGAAGUCUACGAGUUCACCACGACAGCGUCGGAAGGAGGGUUCGCGGAGGAGGUCGACGCCCCCUUCCCUGCCACGGCGGGGGAGUUAGCGCUGCUGCUCGCGCUCUGUGCCAUGCUGUCCCUCGCCGCUCUCACGAUAUUGGCCAUAUUGCUGAGGAGGAAAAGGAGUGACGGCGGCGUGGCUCGCGUCACGACGAACGCCGAGAAGGCGGGCUGCGGCACGUACCGCGCGCCGCCGCACCAGACGCCCAAGCUGCCUCCCGACCCGCCAGACGUAUACGAGAUAAGUCCGUACGCGACAUUCGCGGGCCCGCCGGCGCCGAGCGGCGGGUCGCGCGCGUACACGCUGCAGCUGCGCGCGCUGGCGCGGCACGACGACGACAGCGCGCCGCCCGCGCUGCUGCCCGACUGCUGUGACGAAGAAACGUGCCUCGACGCGUGUGAUGCGCAGAGGCGGCGGCGGCGGCGGCGGCACUACUGCCCCGACCACGGGAAUAAAUAUGGUUGUUCACAAGACUCUGGAAGUUGAGAAACGAAACUGCCAAAUUAUGUAGAUUAAAUAUUAUCUAGUCGGUGUAAUUAGGAAAUUCAGUUAUACAUAUGUAUAUGUAUACAAAAAUUUAUACAAUAAUAUUGUCUAUUUAUA